AUCCACACCGUCCUACCGAGCGGCGGAGGGAGCGACGGAAAGCCCGGAGACGCUCUCUGUGUCUCUGCAAACCACAGCGGAACACCGGCCGGGAAGUCCGAAGGGAGAAGUUCUGCUUUUCGGUCGUCGCGCUUCUUCUCCUUUUUUUUUUUCCCGGCUUCGCCGCCCCAGUCGGGAUAGUGAUUGGAGUUGACAAGCUCGCUCCACUACUGUAUCUACCCCCUUCCUCCUCCUCCUCCUCCUCCUCCUCCUGCUGCUCUCCUCCCGCUUCACACAACCAGGAAAUCGUCGAGGUGUGCUCUUUAUCCCGCUCGUGGCUACCCCGUCUGCGGGUGUAGAUGCACCUUUUCCCUUCGUGAUUUCCCUUUUUUUUUCUUUUUCCUUUUUUUUUUUUUUUUUUAAAUUCCACUUGUGUGACUUUUGAAGCCGGGCUUUCCCCUGAAGUCAGCCGAAGUUGCCUGCGAGCAGAGGAGCUCCACUCUGGCCGAACAAUGAGUGAGUCGAGUAUUUGCCAGGCUCGGGCCACUGUUAUGAUCUAUGACGAUGGCAAUAAGAAGUGGCUUCCGGCCGGCGUUGGACCCCAGACCUUCAGCAGAGUCCAGAUCUACCACAACCCCACCACCAAUGCCUUCAGGAUAGUGGGUCGCAAGAUGCAGACAGACCAGCAGGUGGUUAUCAACUGUCCCAUCGUGAGAGGUCUCAAGUAUAACCAGGCCACACCCAACUUUCACCAGUGGAGAGAUGCCCGGCAGGUGUGGGGGCUCAACUUCGGCAGCAAGGAGGAUGCUGCGUUAUUUGCCAAUGGCAUGAAUCAUGCUCUGGAUGUCCUCAACUCCAUGGCAGAUGCAGGUUAUGCGACUCUCCCUCGUCCAGUGUCAAAUGGACCCUCUCCAGAAGAGCUUGAACAGCAGCGGAGGUUGGAGCAGCAGAGACUGGAACAGCAGGAACGGGAGCGACAGGAGCGGGAACGACAGGAGAGAGAGAGACAGGAGAGGGAAAGACAAGCCGCUGCAGCCCAUGUUCCUCCAGCACCACCAUUGAAUGUUGGCGGCGCUGCUCCUCCUCCAGCCCCUCCUCCACCCCCUGGCCCUCCUCCAGCUGCCGGCAUCCCUCCGCCCCCGGGACCACCUCCCUCAGGACCUCCGCCAGCUCCGCCUCUGCCCUCUGGAGGAGGAGAUGGCACCGGGGGCGGAGGCGGCGGAGGAGGCGGGGGCGGCGGCCUGGCAGCGGCCCUCGCAGGAGCCAAACUCCGCAAAGUAUCCAAGGAGGAUUCGGGCCCUGCAAACUCAAUAGCUCGAGCCGAACCCAGCCGCAGCAGCAACUCCUCACUUGGCGGAGGAGGUGGUGGUGGGGGUCUGAUGGGGGAGAUGAGUGCCAUCUUGGCCCGGAGGAGAAAAGCAGCCGACACUGGAGAGAAGCCGCCAAUGAAGACACAAGACAAUGAUGAUUCAGAGCCUCAAGGUCAAAGCGACACCUUGAGGAGACCGUGGGAGAAAGCGUCCAGGAAUAACUCCAUCGUAAAGAGCAUGGACUCCACCCCUCCCUCACUGUCCCAAGCUUCCAGGCCGAAACCUGUUUCCAACAACAACAAUGAUGCCAGUGGAAUAGAUGACUCCGAUUUAGAGAAAAUGAAACAGGACAUUUUGGAGGAAGUGCGGAAAGAACUACAAAAAGUCAAAGAUGAAAUUAUCGGAGCCUUUAUUCAGGAGCUUCAGAAGAGAAGCACAUAGUUCUGCUGAGUGUCAGGUGUAACGGGGGGGAUGCGAGGACCUCUCCUCCACUGUGCCCUCCUAUGUAGCCCAGGGAUUUCUCUUUCUCUCCUCCACAUUUUCUCUUCCCUCUCUCUCCUACACAAAUGCAUGUGAGCAUACUUGCAUAUUCACUUCGUGUAAAUGAUAACCCAGGGAAACUCCUCAGCGUCACCAUCCGGCACUUUCUGACCGUCGCUCACCGCCGUGAGGCGGCGGCGAUCCCCCUCUGCACCAUCUUCUCCCUGCUCUGAUUCAGCCACCCCGUCCCCUUUGUGUCCUCCAUGUGCUCUGUUCAUCUGAAGCUUAUCAGAGCGCACAGCUGAAGCCAGACUCGCUCUUCCAGUUUGACAUGAUAACCCUUUCCGCUGCAGAAAUCCUGCUCCUUGUGUCCUCUUCCUUCAGCUAUCAGACACACCAUUCACUGAUAGAGCAGUAUUCAGGGACAGUGUAUUAGUCAUAUUUUUUACUGUAAUAGCAAAAUGCUGGCAUGCUGGGAUCCUUACUUCCUCUCAUUCUCAGUCAGCAGAGAUAUCGUUGGGACAUUUGCUGAUAAGCAGUUGUCACUAAUAGUAGUCUGAGGGGGGAAACCCGACAGCCGCCUCCACUGCAGCGCAUCUCCAUCAAGUGGACUUUAAAGCUCCCGGCGACGGCUGAGGACUGAAAGCAGCACAACACAAGCCUUCAGUGCUGCAGCGGUGGAGAUGUCAGGAGGAAGAGGAGACAAGCAAAGGGAACCUGAUGGACAACCUGAGUGCUUUGAAAGAGGAGUGUGUUGUAGUUUUGACGUGUGAGAAAUGUAUUCUCUUUGCAUUGCACUUGUUCCAGAGGAAGUGUGUCUGUGCGCCACACUGCCUUGAUAGACUAUUCCCUCUCACUCAAAAUGAGAUAUUAUUUGUUGGCCAGUGCAGUGGUUCCUCUGUACACUGUGCUCCCCUAGUUGUUUUCUUCCAUUCUAGAUAUUGUUUUCUAAUUUUGAAACAUGAAAAAUGGCCAUGAUGAGGUCAAAUAAUUUGGCCAUGACCAACUGCCUUGAGAAUAAAUAUAUAAAUAUCUAUCUAUAUUAUAUAUAUAUAUAAGGAAAAUAUAUAUUUGUUUUGAGGGAAAAUGUUAGCGAAAAUGAAAUGGUGUUUCUAUUUUAAUUGAAAUGAUUGGUGAAUGGGGAUUUCAUUUCUUUUUUUUCUUUUUCAAUGAUUGUUUUCUUAUGAAAUGUUUUUUGGGGUUUACUGUUUCUUUUUUUUCUAAUAGAAUUUAGGCUUUUUACACUGAAAUAUAAAGAAAACAGCUUAGAGACACUGGAUUAGAAAUGCCUUUAUAGUCGAAUACAGCUGCUUCUUGAAAUGCA